AUGGCCUUUGAAGACUUCAAACUGAAAGGCCUCUCUGAACAAGUCCGCAACGACUUUAUCAAAGACGCUGGAGAAAGGCUACAAGAACGUUUGGUCAGAGUGGUUGAGGAAAAGGCCAGUAGAGAAGCAGAAGAGAAAGCUCGCCUGGAAGAGGAGCAACGGGUUAGAGAAGCUGAAGAGAAGGUUGUUGCUGAAGCUGCUGCUGCUGCUGCUGAAGCUGAGGCAAAGGCAAAAGCCGACGCUGAAGAAGCAUCACAUAUAGCUGCCAAGGAAGCUGCAAAGGCUAACACUGGUGCUCUGAAUCAGGGGGAGAAAUCAAACUCUAGCUUCGCCCCUCUGGUCCUAAAGACGCUGGAAGAACUGUAG